UGAAGUAAACGAAUCAAAUUUUCGCGUACGGUUGGGCGCGAAUUACCGAAAUAUAAACAUAAACGGUGUGCGUGAGUGAGUGUUUGUAUACGUGUGUAGCCCAGCAAUUGAGCGGUCGCAAAUGCAACAAUAAAAUGCAAAGCAAAUAUAGCAAAAAAAUAAUAAUCUCAAAUUGGAAAAAUUGCAUUCUUUGUUCAAUUGGCGCAUACCUUUAUGUUUUUAAGGGAAAAAGUCUAAACGAUUUGCCAAAAAAAGAUAAAAAUUUACGCAAGCAGAGUGUAAGUGAUGAGGGAAAAAUUUUUUUAAAAUAAAACGAGUGAUGAAACGAAAUGCCAAAACAAGUUGAGAAAAUUGAAGAAUUUCAGUGCGGCUGCGCGACGACGAGAACGAAGCGCGCGCGUAACAGAGACGAAACGAGUAUGAAGACGAAGUGAACGGCGCGAGAGUACGAGUGAUCGAGCGCGAACGAGCAACAGCGAGAUAAUUGCACUUGGUUGAGCAGCGAGAGCAGCAACGCGGCAAAGUUUUGUCUGCGUAUGUGUUUGCGUGUGUAUGUGUGUGUAUGUUGAGAAGAAGGUGCAGCGACAGUUGCCCCAACAGCAGUAAUAGCGCCAACAACAAAUGCAUAAUAAGUAAGCAGAGCAAACAAUAACAAUUGGCGAGUUCGAUGCAAAGGAAUUCAAACGAAAAGCAAAAACAAAGAAAAAAAAAUAAAAAAAUACAAAAUUCAAAUAAAAAAGUGAGAGGUAACGAAGAAACACUAAUAAAGACAGGAAUUUUUGUGCGUGAAAAGCGAAAAAGUGUACGAAACAAGGCGUAUAAUGUAGCGAAAAAGUGCGUUUGUGAUUUUAUGGAACAAAGAUAAGUCUCGUCACUCAAGUGUCAAAAGCAGAAAAGCAAGCGAAAAUAUACAUAUGUAAAUGUUUGCGGAGAAAAUAAACUUCUCAUUAAUUUGUUGUAUUGGUUUUUUUUUUGAAAAUUUAAUUUUAAUUGCUUAUGUGCGCUAACUUUUUUUAUUUUCGCAUUAUUAUUAUAAUUUUUGUUGCUCAAUGAAUUUUCGCCACACAAAGUGUAAUUAAGUAAAAUUUUUUUUGAUUUGUUGCCAAACAAGCAGAGCAAAAAAUGAAAUAAUUAACAGUUUUUGUUUUUAUUUACAAAUUAAAUCACAUCAAUUUCAAUCAAAUAAAUCACAUUCUUUCAAUUUCAAUCCCUUUUGGAAAUUAUGAAGAAUAAUCAAACGAAAACCUCAAACAACAAUAACACCAAUAACACUAAUAACAACAACAACAGCAACAGUAAAAAUUUAAAUUACUUAAAUAACAUCAAUAAAAAAUUCAAUAACACCAACAAAGUGAACAAAGCCACUCAAUCGACCACAAGCAACAAUACUAACAACAAUAAGAACACUUAUCAUAUAAAUAAUAAGAACAAGAAAAACAACAAUAAGCGCACACUACGAUUGGGUCGCAAUAAAAUGGGCGGCCGCAAGGAUGUGCGUCGCGGCCUCGAGCCACUGGAAUUCGAGGAAUGCAUUGUCGAUAGUCCAGAAUUUCGUGAUAAUUUGAAUCGGCACGAAAAGGAACUGGAUCACACUAGUCAUCAAAUCAAGCGUAUCAUCAAGGAGGUGAAAGAUUUGAUGAGCGCCGCUAAAGCGAAGCUCAGACUGUUUGAAUUUGCGUGUCAAGCGCUUGCAGAAACAGCAGUAGCUACAACAACAACAAAAACUGCAUCAGCUCCAACAGCGCUGUUUGCACCAGGUAGGCAAAGAGGGCCUGUGGCAAAGCAUACGAAUUGCAAGCAACAACAUUGCCGCACAAUGGAAAACAACAACAAUAAUUACACAGAACACCAGCAACACAUGGCGUUUGUAACAACGCGCUGCCCGUACCGGCCUGCCUCUGUAUGUCUGUCUGCCCGACUGCAACAAGUGGUUGGCAUUGACGGUACAUCGUCAUCGCUGCUGCUGCAGUUUUUUAUAAAGUAA